AUGGGCUGCAAGUGCGCAAAGACCAAGGAGAGGAGGAGGCAGGAGGAGCCGCCAGGGGCUCCCACGGAGGACGUGGGACAGGAGGCGGUGCGGCACGCCGGCACCUCCGACCCGGAUGAGGCGCUCGUGAGGGAAUCCGUGCGUCCCUCCGGGACAGCGAGCUCGUCCCACUGGAGGGGUGAGGAUGGUACCAGACCGCCGGAGCAACUGCCGGAGGAGGCGGUAGCGGAGCCGGAGGCAGACAAUGCGGUGACUGCCGUUGGUGCGCCUGAUGACUCGACGCACUCGAGGCACUCGAGGAAGGCGACGACAGAGAUGUCGGUGAAGUCAAAAGAAAGUGACGAUGCUCCAGCAGAGGCGGACGACGCCUCCAAGAACGCUGGUGCGGCGCUGCAGUCGUCCCCAAGCCGCACCUGGACGCCAUCAGAGCAGCAGAAGCCUGAGCAGGAGGUGCCGAAGGUUGGCAGCGAGUUCGAGUUUGAGGAGGAGAGCAACAACAUGGAGAAGGCGGCGGGAGAUGAGUGGGAGGUAGAGCUCUCGCAGCCGUGCCCCUUACCACCAUCGACGCAGCAGCAACCGGAGCCCGCACCCGUCCCGCCAGCCGCUGUGACAGCGACGCUGAACGAUGCGGAGCCAACAACGCCAGUCGCCAUGGAAAGUGCCCCGCAGCCGAUACCGCAGCGCGAGUCACCACGCUCGCUGCCGGACAGUUGUAACGGUCAGAAUGCGAGCGCUGCACCGUCGUCGAACGCUCCCGCACCGCGCCGCCUUUCGCGGAAGCCGAGCAUCGCGAGCUCUUCGUCCGUUUCCGUGCGGCCUGUACGACGGCCACCACAGCGCAACCUGGUGCAGCCAUCAACGAACAACGGUGGUAGCCUGCGGGCUCUCCAGUACGUCGCCUCUCCCGCGGCUGCUGCUCCGCCCCGGCAUCUCGCCCCCCCUAGAGACGAAUAUCGCGCUGCUGCAGCGGUGCCGCCGUCGUCGACACCGUCGUCGGCCUCGACUGCAGUGACAUCCAUCAUUGAUAAAGCGUUGAUGCCGGUCGGCAAGCCGUCUGAGCACAUGACGGCACCUCACCACAGUGCUGACACCGGCCGCGAGACGGUGGCGUCGCGACAGCACGGGAACGGGUUUCUCCACGAGAGCUCGGCUGGCCUGCGGACGCCAUACUCGCAGUUGCCGCUGCGGCCUGUGUCUGGACAGUGGCGGCGCGGCUUUCUCUCUCCCAUCCCGUAUCGUCGGGGCUACACAGACCCGAACCCUGGCGCUGCCCCUCAGAAGUACCGCCCAUCAACGACGUACAUGCCCCCGCCCACGGCUUACGUCAUGGGGGCUGCCGGCGGUGCGCCGCCGCGGCUUUUGUUCGACGCUUCAACGCUUGCCACCAUCGAGGCGUCCACCACUAGACUUGCCGAGGCGCGCACGCUUCGCCUGGCCGGCGCCCACAACGGCGCGGCGGCGAUGAUAACAGGUAACGACCGAGGCAAUGGGGCGUCCUUUUCCAUGUCGCGGCACUUGGCGGCGCCAUCGAUGUCGGUGCCGCUUGCAUCACGACUACCGACGUCGAGCCUAAGCGAUCACGUGUACUCCCUCGCUGCGUCGGCGGCAGGGGUCUCUGCUGCUGCUUCCGCGCCACCCUCGAUAACCGCUGGCUCUUCGUACUCGCGUGGCAGCCAGAAACCAAGGUUGGCCAUGCCAGCGCCUCGAGCGCAGCAGCAGCACUUUCCCGCCUCUCCCCACGCUGUAGAACAGUCUCUGGAGCAGCACACGUCUAAUGGCGCAGGCAUGCCAGCACGCGCUGCGGUAAGCCAGGCCGCGAGGUACGACGACGGCGUCGACACCCCUAGUGCGGAUGUCUUGUACGGUGCGGUGCAGGAGCCGGUCGUGUACGGGCAACGGUACUAA